GCUUGCCUUAAGAUGAGUGAACAUAUGACAUUUUCACAAAAUUUAAUUAUUUUCAAAUAGUUAAGGUAAAUGUACAUAGUUGCCCUCACGACCCACUGUGCAAAGACAGAGUGCAAAAACACUUUCCGUCCGCCGAUUGGCGAUACCGAUUCUGUAAUCGAGCACGACGCCCGGGGAAGAUGUCUCAACUGACCGCAACAUUAAAUUUAUAUACUCUAUGCUCUUGGCCGCAUACAUAACAGAAUCAUGUUCACGGUCACGUCGGAGAUCUACGGAGAGAACAACUACCAGACGACCCGCGACGGCGGUAAGGUGGUGUCGAAGUUCCGAUUCGUCUAUCCGGAGGAGCAGCUACCGGGGAUUAGGACGGAUGAGGACGGCGACCUUGAGGUGCCAAGGCCAAAACGUGGCGUGAUCGAAUUGGAACAUUCCGAGGCAACGGAGCUGCGACUGGUGGGCUUGCAGGUGUGGCGGGGAGCCCUUCUUCUGGCGGACUACCUCUUCUCCAAGAAGGAUGAGUUUUGCAGAAAAACCCUAAUGGAACUGGGAGCUGGUGUGGGCCUGACCAGCAUAGCCGCCGGCAUACACAAUCCCGGAAGGAUCUAUUGCACGGAUGUGGAUCUGGGAUGCAUACUGAAGCUGAUCCGCGGCAAUGUCCAAAGAAAUCGCAAACUUCUCCGUGGUACAAUCUCAGUUCUGGAGUUUGAUUUUCUCGCGUCGAAAAAUGAUCAGUCGCAGGAUCUCCUGGAGGCCAUAGACAAUAGCGAUAUAAUCCUAGCUGCCGAUGUAAUCUAUUGCGAUACGCUUACCGAUGCCUUUAUCUCCGUCUUGGAUAAUCUCCUUGAUCGAGGUCGCCAAACUGGGAGACCCAAAACGAUAUACAUGGCACUGGAGAAGCGCUAUGUGUUCACCCUGGAGGAUUGCGAUUCGGUGGCUCCCAUGUACGAGUACCUCGUCCGACAGACGGCGAACAAGCCGUGGAUCAUGGAGCACGUGCCUCUGGAUUUCCCCCAGUAUUUCGAGUACGAUCGCUGCAAGCAACUGAUUCUGAUCAAGAUCACCAGUCGUUAAAAUGGCUAAAGCACAAAAAAGUCGUUCUGCUCCUUAGAUUCAAAUGGCCCCUUGAUGUACCUUAAUAAUUUAGAAAAUGAUAGCUUUGUUACGUUAGGACAAUUUUUGGAGAAUUAUUGGGUCUCUAUCCUUGUAUUUUGAAUCUCUGUGAAUAAAUAUAGUGUAAUACUAUACUCUCGUGAGUUUUCAAAUCCAAUUCUAUGUAAUGGGAAAUGUGAAAUAACAACUUUUUAUAUGACGAAAUAUAUUUCCCUCGUUGUAUGUGUGCACAUAAUAGUUAUGAACUUUUGGGAUUCAAAACAAUUUACAAAAU